AUAAAAAUCAUUUCUUGUGGAAGAACACAAAAUUUGCGUACAGUGGGUCAACGAAAAAUGAUCCAACAAUUAUUCAACGCUCUGGGCAGCAAGAAGAAGAUGCAUCAACUUGAGAUUGAGAGGAGGCCCCUCCACUCCACUGAACCAGGCUAGGCUUCUACCUGCGACCCAAAACAAUGCCCAUAUUAUUUCAGUGGUGCAUCUCAAGACGAGAUGACGACAAAUUGAAUCCAUUUCGAAUUGCGCGCCGAGAAACCAGUGCCAAGCCUUGAAGAUAAUGAUGAAAGCUACUGGGAUUACUCUCAUUGUCCAUCCUUGGAACGAUCUCCACGCCAGUGAAUUUCCAUAAACCAGAAACUAAGGAGGAGGUUCCAGCAGCGACAAUGAGCAUACACAGAACCUUUACAUCUUUCCCUUCUUCAUCUUCUCAAUGGAAAUAUGUUGUCUUUCUGAGUUUUAGAGGUGAUGACACUCGCAAGGGUUUUACAGACCACUUAUACACUGCAUUGGAACAUCAAGGAAUUACAACUUUCAGGGAGAACCUUGAACUUCAAAAGGGAAUGGCUAUUUCUCCACAGCUUUUGACUGCAAUUGAAGAGUCAAGGUUCACGCUCAUUGUUCUUUCACGAAAUUAUGCAUCAUCAACAUGGUGCCUGGAUGAACUUGUAAAGAUUCUUGAAUGCAUGGAAGAGACAAAAACAGUGCUGCCAAUUUUCUAUGAUGUUGAUCCUUCUGAUGUCCGAAAACAAACAGGAACUGUUGCAGAAGCCUUCAUUAAACAUGAAGAGAGGUUCGUGGAUGAUGCAAAGAAGGUACGAAAGUGGAGAGCUGCCUUAAAAAAAGUAGCAAAUCUCUCUGGGUGGAAUUCAAAGGACUGGUACGAAUCAAAGCUUGUCAAAGAUAUUGCUGAAGUGUUACGGAGAGAAUUACUGUUUAGUUCAGUGGAGAACCAACUAGUUGGAAUUGAUUCAAGAUUGAAACCAAUCAACUUGCUCUUGGGUGCAGGGGUGGAUGAUGUUCGCUUUGUUGGGAUAUGGGGAGUGGGCGGUAUUGGUAAGACAACUAUUGCUAAAGUUGUACGUGAGAGAAUAUCUAAUGAAUUUGAAUUUAGUAUCUUUAUUGGCAAUGUUAGAAAUAUUGUUGAAAAAGGUGGUCUUGUUAGCCUACAAAAGCAACUUCUUUCUGGGAUAUGGAUGGAAAAGGAUGAUAUAUCAAACCUUCAUGAAGGAGCCAUGAUCAUAAGGAGGGUUUUAAGUCAGAAAAAGGUUCUUCUCAUUCUUGAUGAUGUGAAUCAUUUGGAACAAUUAGAAAGUGUGGCUGGAAAUCAUGAGUGGUUUGGUUUUGGGAGUAGAGUUCUCAUUACAACUAGAAAUGAGUAUUUGUUGAUCAAACAUGGAGUGAAGAGAAGAUUUCAGGUAAAGGGACUAAAAAGUGAAGAUGCUCUUCAACUGUUUACUUGGAAAGCUUUUAAAAAGGAUUACCCUGAAAAGUAUUAUCUUAUUUUGUCUAAUCGCAUUGUGAGUUAUGUCAAAGGUCUUCCAUUAGCUCUUGAGGUCUUGGGAUCAUUCUUGCAUGGAAGAGUUUUAAGUGAAUGGAACAGUGCGUUGGGAAAACUUGGAGUGUGCAACUUGGAAAUUUUUGAGGCAUUAAAAAUUAGUUAUGAUGGUCUAGAUGAUAAGGAGAAGAAAAUGUUCCUGGACAUUGCGUGUUUCUUUAACGGGAAGGACAAAGAUCGAGUAAUAGAAGCUUGUGAUGUUUCUGCAGUUGUUAUAUUAGAAGUCCUCACUGAGAGAUCUCUCGUAAAGAUUUUGGGUGGAAGGCUUUGGAUGCAUGAUUCGCUCCAAGAAAUGGGUCGGCAAAUUAUACUUUGGGAAUUUCCUGAUGAGCCUGGCCGGUGCAGCAGGUUGUGGUUUCGUGAAGAUGCCAAUCGUGUCUUGAGCAAAAAUACUGGAACAGAGGCAAUAGAAGGCAUAGUUCUGCACCCAGCUGAUCCAGGGGUACAGGUGCAUGCAAAUGCUAAAUCCUUUUCAAAGAUGGUGAAACUAAGAUACCUCAAGAUUAGUAAUGUGAGCAUUUACAAUGGACUUGAAGAUCUUCCCAAUAGCUUACGCAUUCUUAAAUGGACGGGGUAUCCUUUAACAUAUUUCCCAUCACAUUUCAACCCAGAGAAGCUACUAGAACUCAAAAUGUGUCAUAGUUACAUAAAACAUUUUCGGAUGGGAACAAAACCUUUACACAAUUUGAAAACCAUCAAACUCAGUCACUCUCCGAAUCUUGUCAGCGUGCCCAACUUUAACGGUAUGCCAAAUCUUGAGGUUCUGAUUCUUGAAGGUUGUACACGAUUGUUUGAGGUUGAUCCAUCAAUUCAAGUGCUGGAAAGACUUACCUUGCUGAACUUGAAAGAUUGCAAAAACCUUGCCCAUCUUCCAAGCAGUGUAGGUUGCUUAAAAUCUCUCAAAGUUCUUAAUCUUUUUGGUUGUUCAAGGCUUAAUAUAUUGCCAGAAGAGUUGGGUUACAUAGAGUGUUUGGAGGAGCUUGAUGUGAGUAGAACUUCCAUAAGAGAACUACCUUCCUCUAUUGGAAGGCUUAAAGGUCUUACUUUGAUGAACUUGAAAGAUUGCAAAUAUUUUAUGCAUCUUCCAACUAGUGUAAAUGGCUUAAAAUGUCUCAAAUUUCUUAAUCUUUCUGGUUGUACAAGACUUCAUGAACUGCGGGAAGAGUUGGGUCAUGUAGAGUGUUUGGAGAAGCUUGAUGUGAGCGGAACUACCAUAUUAUUAGAAUUGUUGGCUAGUCUUGUUAGGGAAGUCUCUAACUUAUUCUUGUUAGGGAAGUCUUUAACCUAGGGUGGUCUCAAGUAGCCUUUGGCUUUUAAGCUUUGUUUGGAUUUGGUUAUGGACUUUGCAUGCCCUUGGGUGUUUCGUACGCCAUUACGAGAGAGAGCAGUGAAUUGAGCAGUGUUGGUUUUGGUCUUCAUCCCUUCUUGUUUGUAAUUUGCUUCUCUUGCAUCAUAGAUCUCAUGAUCUAAGAGAAGCAGUAACAAAGAAGAGUGCCUUGUAGCCUUGGGCAAUGUUGAAAUGUGAUUUGAUAUAUUUUGGUUUUGUGUGGAAGAA